AUGAGCGCAGGUGCAGGCGAAAGCGCAUACAGCUUCUCGCUGACAACAUUCUCGCCCAGCGGAAAGCUCGUCCAGAUCGAACAUGCGCUAGCGGCCGUAUCAGCAGGCGCAACCAGCCUUGGCAUCAAGGCCUCCAACGCCAUCGUCAUCGCCACGGAAAAGCGACCACCCUCGCCGCUGGUCGACGACUCGGCCCUCGAAAAGGUCUCGCUCAUCUGCCCCAACAUCGGCAUCGUCUACUCGGGCAUGGGCCCCGACUUCCGCGUCCUCGUCGCAUCGGCCCGCAAGUCGGCACAGGCCUACUGGAAAAUCUACGGAGAGUACCCGCCCACCCGCGUCCUGGUCCAGGAGAUCGCCACCGUCAUGCAGCAGGCCACCCAGCGCGGCGGCGUGCGUCCCUUUGGCGUGUCCCUCCUCGUCGCCGGCUUCGACUCGGCCCGAGGCCCCUCCCUCUACCAGGUCGACCCCUCCGGCUCCUAUUUCAUGUGGAAGGCCAGCGCCAUUGGCAAAAACAUGGUCAACGCAAAGACGUUCCUCGAAAAGCGCUACAACGACGAUAUCUCCCAAGAGGACGCCAUCCACACCGCCCUCCUCACCCUCAAGGAGGGCUUCGAGGGACAGAUGACGGAAAAGACCAUCGAGAUUGGCGUCAUUGGCACCUCGACCAUCGGGCCCGUCGCCGGCAGCGGAAAAGAGGCGCCCGUGUUUAGAAAGCUCAGCGAGGCAGAGAUCCGCGACUACCUGGCGCUCUGA